UGUCUUCCGACAUUUCGAUGCGUGUAUACAUUUAAGUUAUUUUAAAAUAAAUUUCCGACACAAUGCAAGGCACAAUUAUUGAAAAUUUAAGUGGCAGAAAGCUCUCUGUACUAGUGUCGUUGCUGAUAAUAGGACAAAUCACUUCUUUUUUAAUUGGCGGUCUCAUUGCACCUACACCAUCGAACACUCAGACUAUUCUUGGUUAUACCUGCAAGGAUGUUCGAAUUAAUGGAACAAUACCGAAUGAUAAAUGGUACUAUUCCCGAGGAAAAGGAGCUUGUAAUCUUGUUGAUUUACACACAUUUGAUGAUUACGAGAGUCACUUGAAAGCCUUUCAAGUUGUCUUCACCUUCCAGAUGCCAUUGCCUCGAGAUAAAGUUCAAUUGGAUUAUUCUCGUUGGCAUCAUAGUUUGAUUGGUGUCUUGCAUGUUGAAAUGGCUUAUCACAGCAAAAUCACAAUACCACCGAGAACAAAAUUAACAAUUGACGCUAGACUUGGAUAUAGAAAUAAAGAAGAUCCUGACGAUGCUUGGAAAAUGUAUGCUUCUUCGGAAUUUGAAAGAAAUUUAGAAUGCAGUAUCAGUAAUAAAAUGGAUCAAUAUAAUUACAAUUGCAGUCUUGUUUCACUUUUUGAAUUGGGUUCUCUUUUCCAUGACUAUUAUUUGCUCAAUAUUCGUCUUCCAGCAGAUAGUGAUAAAAAUAUUAACCAGGAACUAGGCUACGUUACCGAUUUAUUACUUACUACUAUCAAUCAAAAUGGAGGAUUUACAAAAGUUUGGGUUGGUCUGAAAACAUUUUACUUUCCAAUUGUUGUGUGCCUUCUUUUAUGGUAUUGGCGAAGAGUUAAUAUGCUUACUAGAUCGCCUGCACUUUUGGAAUAUAUGCUUCUAACCCUUGGAAUAUCCCUCACAUUUUUAAAUGCACCUUUGGAAUAUUUUACACUCGUUUUUGAUAUGCCGUUUAUGUUACUUUUGGAAGAUAUUCGCCAGGGUAUAUUUUACGCGACUCUUCUCUCAUUCUGGUUAAUAUUUGCGAGCGAACAUCUUAUGAUUCAAGAAGGUGAUCAAAGAAGUUCUUUGAAAUCCUAUUGGCGUCAUCUCUCCGCAGUUGGUAUUGGAUGUUUAUCACUCUUAUUUUUCGAUAUGUGUGAACGUGGUGUUCACAUUAGAAAUCCUUUCCAUUCCAUUUGGGUCACAACUGUUGGUGCACAAAUAGCUCUUGGCUUUAUAAUUCUAGCUGGUGUUUCAGCGGGAAUUUAUUUCUUAUUUUUGUGUUAUAUAAUAUGGAAGGUUUUCACCAAUAUCAGUAUUAAAAGAGCCACAUUACCAUCAAUGAGUAGCGCUCGUCGUUUACAUUAUGAAGGUAUUAUUUAUCGUUUCAAAUUUCUUAUGAUCGCAACAUUGCUCUGUGCAUCUUUAACUAUCACUGGAUUUAUUCUUGGAGAGGUAGCAGAAGGACAAUGGAAAUGGGAUCAAGAUAUUAAAUUAGAAAUGACUUCAGCAUUCUUUACUGGCGUUUAUGGAAUGUGGAAUAUUUACAUUAUGGCACUCUUAUGUCUUUAUGCGCCUUCUCAUAAACAAUGGCCAAUUGAACCUUCAGAAAAUAGUGCAAGCGAAGAAAUUGAAUUUUCACGAUUGCAGUCAGAGCCAAAUGAAAUGUUGUCGCUGACAGCAUUCGCUCGUAAAACAGCCGUAGAAUAAACGGCAAUUGACAAACAAAAAAAACGAAACGAAAAAUUCAUAUAUAUUUUAUACGGAUCUUAAAUUAUGGUUAUCGCUGACAUUUUUUUUUUCUGGGGAUAACUUGAUAAUAACUUUUUCGACAAAGUUAUGAUUUUAGACAUUUUUACACAGAUUUAUAAUUUAUACACGUUUAAUUUAUUAUUUUUUUUUUUAAUUUAUACAUUUUCAAUUGACUUUUUUAAAUCUAUAUACACAUUUUAAAACGUGAAUUUAUACAAAAAUUUAUAUAUUUUAAAUUACAAGUAUACAAAAUUUUUGAUAUACAUUUUGAAAUUAUACAUUUCAAAAUAUAAUUCUGUACAUUAUUAAAUUUCUUUUUUUAUUUA